AUGGGAAUUGUCCUGCAAGCUGGAAGUUCUCUGCUAACGCUGGUGGACACUUCUCAGGCCGUCUUAGGCCAGGGUCUGCUCGCUUGGUCAAUUUUACCGCAGGACGAGACGCGCGUGUUUUUGGGCACGCUCUUUAUACCAGCAUACGUUGCGACCAUAUCUGUCGUCGUCUUGUUCUUUCAGCUCGUGCUAUGCUCAUCCCCCGUCAAGAAGCUUCACGCGAGAUUCACAAAGUCCCAACGGACAUCGGAGGAGAAUGACUGUACAUCUGUUGAGCAGUCUGAAUCAUUCACCAUCGCAAAACACGUACAACAAUUGGGCGGUCCCAUUAUCUUUGGGUUUCAAUGUGUCAGGUUACUCUCUUGUCUUGUGCUGCUUGGCCUGUCUGUCUUUGCCUCUACUUUCGAGGGAGACAGCCAUUGGAGCUUAGGCUUUGUCUUUCCCCAGUGGCAGCAAAACAUACUCUGUGGAACAUACGCAUAUGCAUCGCUACUGGCGGUGAUAUCAGUGUCGGCGAGACCUACCUUGAGCAGAGUCGUUGCACGACACCUCGCUACCGUUCUCCUCACUACUUGGGCAGUUUUUGUAUACCGCGAUGUGUGGCCCCUGGCGACAUACACUUUGACUCCAGCUGAUGUCGCAGAGGGAAGAAUAUUGUGGGCCAAGUUUUCUGUCCUGACCUUGGGUGCGGUGGCAGUUCCACUUCUCAUGCCCCGCCAAUAUACCCCUGUGGAUAGCAUGGAUCCAAUGCCUGUGCCCAAUCCUGAGCAAACUGCAUCAAUAUUGUCCUUGAUACUGUACACGUGGCUGGAUCCGACCGUCUUUACUGCGUAUCGCGUUCCUCAUCUUCCAUUGGAGCGACUCCCUCCUCUGGCUGACUACGACUACACAAGUAACUUGAUUAAGAAGAGUUUCCCUCAUCUUGAUCCCUUCCAAGUAAAAUCACGUAGACAUAUAUUCUUUGGUUUGAUGAGAAUCUUUCGUAUUGAAUAUUACGUCAUGGCUACGAUGCUGGGGCUGCGGGUUGUGGUAAGCUUCGCGAGUCCUCUCGGCAUCAACCUCCUCCUCCGCUAUCUGGAGACUAAUGGAGAGGGUGCUGUCGUUCGGUCUUGGGUGUGGAUCUCCUGGCUCUUAUUAGGACCGAUAGUGAGCUCCAUGCUCGUGCAAUGGUACAUCUUCAUGGCGACGAGAACGUUGGUCCGCGUCGAGGGUAUUCUAACGUCGUUGGUUUUUGACCACUCCCUGCGCAUCCGUGUGAAAGCUGAAGUUUCGGGCGCUUCGGGUGGCGGAGGUGCAGGUGAGACCACGGCAGUGGCUACUCCGGAUAACGGGUCCAUCGUAGGACCUAGCGAGUCCCGUGAUACUCCAGGAAGUCCCGGCAGCAGCGAGGACGCAACCGUGCAUUCGAGCUCUGAUAGCGUUGACACAAACUCUGCUGUGGGGAAGCGUAAUUCAAAAACCUCGUCCCACUCGGGCGACAGCAAGAAGACGGACGAAAAGCCUGCGUCUGAGAAAGGCGGUAAUCUGGUCGGCAAGAUCAAUAACCUGGUGACCACCGAUCUCAACAAUGUCACUACCGGACGCGACUUCUUGCUCCUAGUGGUGGAGAUCCCGCUGCAGGUCGUUCUCUGUGUUUGGUUCCUUUACUCGCUUCUUGGCUGGAGCGCCUUGUGCGGAAUGAUCGUUAUGGUCAUUUGCUUCCCUCUUCCGGGAUACCUCGCAAUCCUCAUACAAAAAGUGCAGGCGGAGAAAAUGAAAAAGACUGAUGCCCGGGUACAAUCGGUCACCGAAACCAUGAGUGUCAUUCGUAUGAUCAAGCUCUUUGGAUGGGAGCCCCGAGUUGUCGAUCAGCUUCUUGAGAAACGUGAUGAUGAACUGCUAUAUCAGAAGAAGUCAAAGAUUCUGGAGCUCUCUAUUGGCAUGCUGAAUCACUUCAUCCCGUUGUUGACCAUGAUGGUUACUUAUGCCACUUUCACCGUGAUCAUGAAACGAAAUCUGAGCGCUUCCAUUGUGUUCUCAUCUAUGACUGUGUUCGAAAUGUUGGCUAACCAACUGCAUGCGAUCUUUGGUAUGCUCCCAGCCAUGAUCAGAGCCAAGGUUUCACUCGACCGUGUCAAUGAAUUUUUGUACAAGACGGAACUCCUCGAUCAAUUCACUGAAAAGACCGGAGAGGAAGACACAGCUCUUGUCAUCUCAAAGCCGGACGCAGGAGACAUGAUCGGUUUCCGCGACGCUGCGUUCACAUGGUCGGCCGAUAAUGACGGCACUUUGACGCCGGGGCCGCGGAAGCGCAACUUUACGCUCCGUAUCGAGGACGAGUUGCUUUUUAAGCGUGGCCGUAUCAAUCUUAUCGUGGGACCUACAGGGUCUGGCAAGACGUCGUUGAUAAUGGCGUUGUUGGGCGAGAUGCACUACAUCCCUUCCGGGCCGGAAUCGUUCUUUAACUUGCCUCGCUCGGGUGGGAUUGCGUACGCUGCACAGGAGUCGUGGGUGCAAAACGAGACAAUCCAGGACAAUAUUAUAUUUGGGGCCCCAUACGACGAGGAGCGUUACAACCAAGUUAUUGAACACUGUGGACUGAAGAGGGACUUGUCUCUGUUUGACGCUGGUGACAAGACUGAAGUUGGCGAGAAGGGUUUGACGCUCAGUGGUGGUCAGAAAGCUCGUAUCACACUCGCACGGGCGGUGUAUUCCAAUGCCGAAAUCCUCCUACUCGACGAUGUCUUGGCUGCUCUUGACGUGCAUACCGCUCGAUGGAUCGUUGAGAAAUGCUUUCAAGGCGACCUUAUCCGAGGACGAACCGUCAUCUUGGUCACUCACAAUGUCUCGAUGGCACGCCCAAUUGCUGACUUCGUUGUCUCUUUGGGCACGGACGGCCGCAUUCUCAGCCAAGGAUCAUUGUCUAAGGCACUCGAAGCGAAUAAGAAGCUGUCUGCCGAGGUCGUUGAAGAAAUUGAAGAAAUUGAAAAGGCCGAGCACGAAGUUGAUCAGCCGCCGAACCCAGAUAUUCCGGCGAACGCUGAUGGAAAGCUGAUCGUCGCAGAGGAAAUCUCUGAAGGGCAUGUCGAGUGGCCUGCGCUGAAAAUGUUCUUCGCUAACCUUUCGGGUGGAUACCAUGUUCUAUUCUGGUUCGCCCUUUUGGGCUCUCUGCUUUCUGCCAGCGUGCUCCACACCUUGCAAGCAUGGUGGCUUGGGUAUUGGGCACGACAAUAUGAAGAUCACGAUGCCUCGGACAUUCAUGUGUCAUAUUAUCUGUCGAUGUACGCAGUGGUUCUACUCGGGCUUUUAGUCCUUUAUUGUGCAGGUUAUCUUGCUUAUGUGUUUGGCACACUGAGAGCAUCGCGGUCGGUUCAUCAAUUACUGGUCUCCUCCGUCCUUGGUACAACUUUGAGAUGGCUCGAUGUAACCCCCACAUCUCGCAUCAUUGCCCGUUGCACAGAGGACAUUCAGUCUGUGGAUGGAACUAUUUCGGAAUACUUCUGGUUCCUGCUCGAUUUAUCCUUCAGCAUGGCCGUGAAGCUGGCUGCUGUGGUAAUAAUGUCCCCUAUAUUCAUUAUCCCGGGCGUUUUGAUUGCACUCCUGGGUGGCCUUUGUGGCCAAAUUUACAUGAAGGCACAGUUGUCAGUGAAACGCGAGAAGAGUAAUGCUCGUGCUCCAGUGCUAGGACACUUCGGCGCUGCCAUCUCUGGCCUCACUUCCAUUCGUGCAUACGGCGCCGAGGAGUCUUUCAAACUGGAAUCUGCACGGCGUGUCAACCGUAACACCCGAGCUUCCAGGACGUUCUAUAACCUCAACCGAUGGGUGUGCAUCCGUAUCGAAUCUCUUGGAGCACUGUUCGCCGCCAGCUUGGCGACUUACUUGGUGUACGUCAGCAGAGCGGGUGCUUCCGCUACGGGCUUCUCAUUAAACAUGGCUAUUAGUUUUAGUGACAUGAUCUUGUGGUGGGUCAGGAUCUUCAACGACUUCGAAGUCAGCGGCAACAGCUUGGAGCGCAUUCAGCAGUACGUCAUCAUUGAGCAAGAAUUGAAGGCUUCAGAACGCGGUAUUCCCCCCGCGUAUUGGCCCGCUAGCGGCGACCUCACAGUGGAGAACUUGUCCGCUCGUUACUCUCCGGAUGGACCCCUCGUUCUGUAUGAGAUUUCGUUUGAAGUCAAAUCAGGAGAACGCGUGGGCAUCGUGGGACGAACGGGAAGCGGGAAGAGCUCCUUGACCCUGGCUCUGCUACGGUGCAUCUUGACCGAAGGCAAGGUGUAUUUCGACGGCAUUCCUACCGAUACAAUCAAUCUCGAUGCGCUGCGGAGCCACAUCACAAUCAUUCCCCAAGUGCCUGAACUCCUCAGUGGAACACUGCGCCAAAAUCUGGAUCCGUUUCAGAUGCACGACGAUGCUGUUCUCAAUGACGCAUUGCGUACUGCCGGGCUGUUCUCUGUGCAGAGCGACACCGACGAUGAUCGGAUAACUUUAGACACUCAGAUAUCCAGUGCAGGAGGUAAUCUGUCCGUCGGUCAAAGACAAAUCUUGGCACUAGCUAGAGCCAUUGUACGACAGAGCAAACUGCUGAUCCUAGACGAAGCAACGUCCGCUAUUGAUUAUCACACUGAUACUGUGAUUCAAACGUCGCUGCGCAAGGAGCUGAGCAAAGAUGUGACGCUCCUUACCAUCGCGCACCGUCUGCAGACAAUCAUGGAUGCAGACAAGAUUAUGGUACUUGAUGCAGGUCACAUUGCUGAAUUUGGAAAGCCGAGUGAGCUGCUGCAGAAUGAGAAGGGCAUGUUGCGAGCACUAGUAGAUGAGAGCGGUGAUAGAGAUGCUCUGUACGCGAUGGCCCAGGGCGCGGGUGCGUCGAGCGCAGAUACCUAG